GUGGCUCGGAGUCGUACCCCGCGGGGUUGAGUUGGCGUGCGGCGUGGCAUCGAGAAUCGAUCGCGAUCGGUCGAGAUCGCCGGCGUCGGUGCGACACGACGAGGGUAUUGGCGGCGCGGAGACUUGAGCGCGUGGCGUCGCUCCGGUGCCGUUCCGUCGAUGGAGGCGAGAUGAACGCGGCGAUCGCUCGGGAAAUCUCGCAUGGGGAAAGCGGAGGCGCGCGCGAAUCCACGCGAUCGUCCGGAAAUUCGCGCUAAUCGCCGGCGAGUCCGCGAGACGCGGGGCGAGAGACGUUACUGGUUUCCGCUCGCGAUCGACAUGGCGCGCGACGGCGUGGCGUGAAUCGACGAAUGACGAGUGCCGGAGUGAAGACGUGUACGAGCGCGCGAAAGUGACUCGGAAGUUCUUGUUCCCUUUAACGCGCCGCGUCCGACGAUCACGACGGUCCGUGUCGAGUGUCGUCUCCGUCAAUGGUCGCUCUCUUCAGUGCCAUCAAGGGAAUCGCCGGAAUCCUCGUGCGUGGACCAUGGCCGCUGCCGCGAGCAAGGGACACGUGACGCUGCGACGCCUCCUCGUUGUCGUCCUCUCGUUGAUCCUCAACGACCUGCUCGUCGUCCAAGCGGCGCGCGGAUUCAGGCACAACCUCAAGCAAGCUCACAAUCAGAGAGGUCCGUACAGCCUGAGUAAGAGCUUGAAAAAUAGCGGCCUCUUUCCGUCCACGUUCAAUGUCGCCGCGAAAGCAGACAUUUAUGUAAACGCGACGUGCGGUGAGGAGGGCCCAGAGACUUUUUGCAAGCCCUCAGAAUCGUCGAGAUGCGCCGUCUGCGACUCCAGGAGUCCGGAUCCCGGCAAGAGGCAUAACAUCAGCAAUAUCCUCGACUCGAGUCCCGGUAAAUGGUGGCAGAGCCCCACGUUAGCCAGAGGCGACCACUACGACUAUGUGACGAUCCUCCUGGACCUCAAGCAGGUCUAUCAAGUGGAAUACGUGAUAGUGAAGGCCGCGAACUCGCCGAGACCCGCGGCCUGGAUUCUGGAAAGAUCUUUGGACGGCGAGAACUUCCAGCCGUGGCAGUAUUACGCGCCGAGCGAUGAGGAAUGCUGGGCGAGAUAUUCGGUACCGCCCGCCAUGGGCAAACCCGUUUACAAAGCCGACGACGAGGUCAUAUGCACCACCCAGUACUCCAGACCAACCCCCAUGGAGAGCGGCGAGAUCCACACGCACUUGGUGAACGGUCGACCUGGGGCUCUGAACCACAGCGCGACUCUGCAGGAAUUCACCCAGGCCAGAUUCGUGCGGCUCCGUCUUCAGAGUCUCCGACGUAACGGCGAGGCUUUUGCCGACAAGAGGCGUGCCUUUUAUUCGAUAAGGGAAAUCAAUAUCGGAGGACGCUGCCUGUGCUCCGGACAUGCGGCGCGAUGUCGGUACAGCGUCCAGCACGGGCAUCAGGAAUGCGAAUGCGAGCGCCACACGUGCGGCGAAAGAUGCGAAAAAUGCUGCCCCAUGUACAAUCAGAUCCCGUGGAAGCCCGGCACAGCUGGCAAGGGCUUUCACUGCGAGAAGUGCAACUGCAAUGGCCAUGCAACGUCCUGCAAAUACGACCAGGAAGUGGCCGAGAGGAGAAUGUCCAUGGAUAUCCGUGGGAAAUACCGUGGCGGUGGCGUGUGCGUCAAUUGCACGGAACACACGAUCGGUAUCAACUGCGAAAAAUGUGAGGUCGGCUACUACAGGCCGAACGGCGUUGCACCUGAUGCAUCUGAACCCUGCUUGCCCUGCGACUGCAACACACGUGGCAGUACAGGCUACUGCACUCCCGACGAUUCCUACACGCGUAUGGGAAAGGUAGCAGGUGCCUGCGAGUGCAAGCCAGGAUAUUCGGGAUACAGAUGCGAUCAGUGCGCUGCCGGUUAUCGGCAGUUUCCCGAUUGCAUGCCGUGCCCCUGCGACUCCCGCGGGAUUCUGCCGUCCCACGAUUGCGAGGGCGACUGUUUGUGCAAGGCGAACGUCGCCGGGGACUUCUGCGACCGUUGCAAACCCGGAUACUUUGCGCUCACCAAGGACAAUCUUGAUGGGUGCAUGUCCUGCUAUUGCUUCGACGUAGCAGAUCGCUGCACCACCGCGACGCUACGAUACAGCAUGAUUUCUACACUGGAAAACUGGUUGGUGACCGACAUGAACGCGUCCCGGGCGGUCGUUCCCGUCUUAGACACGGACAACGAAUGGCUGACCGUGGCGGCGUUCGACGUCGAGUAUGACAGUCCUUUCUGGCUGGCGCCGCAGAUUUACACGGGGAAUCGCGUAUCCUCGUACGGGAGUAAUCUCACGUACUCCGUUACGUGGGUUGUUAUGCGAGGCGACACCAGUGGUAAACCGACCACGGAGCCCAACGUUAUUCUAGUUGGUAACAAUGGCAUGCGCAUAGCGUACGGCGAGGAACAGUACAAUGGUCAAGAAGCUGAAAUAGCGGUACCUUUACGGGAGCAAGGCUGGUUCCACGUGCGAAGCGACGUUCAGGACAUCCCGACCAGAUUGAGGAGGACCGAGUUCCGCGGCGAUCCCGUGACGAGGGCACAAAUGAUACGUGUCCUCACCGAUCUGAAGUAUCUAAUGAUAAGGGCGCGAUAUCAUUCGGAGCAAAUUGAAGGAAGUCUCCAGUCUGCGAUAUUUACGGUGGGCGAAGUAUCGCCGGACGGCGAAACCAACAAUCUGGUCGAAAUGUGCGAAUGUCCCGGAGGAUACACGGGGAUGUCAUGCGAGAAAUGUGCUUGGGGAUACGUGAACAUGCCAGUCAACAGUUCGGAUCAUCAAGACCAUCACAUAUGUGUAAAGUGUGACUGCAACGGCCACGCGGGCUCCUGCGAUCUCGUGAUGGACGAAUGUGGGAUGUGUGAACAUCAUACGGUAGGCCCGAAGUGUGGUCGUUGUGCUACGGGAUAUUACGGUAUCGCAACAAGAGGCACCAGCGAGGAUUGUAAGAAAUGCGCGUGUCCACUUUCCAUCGAGUCUAACAAUUUCAGCCCGAGUUGCCAGCUCGACAAUCCCAUCGAUGCAAAUAGCGGAUACGUGUGCACGCAAUGUCCCGAGGGAUACACCGGAGAUCAUUGUGAAAGUUGUGACGUAGGAUUCUAUGGCAAUCCUCUGAUACAUGGCGGCACUUGCGAACGGUGUCCUUGCAACGGUGGUGCCUGCGACCAGGAAACGGGUCGCUGUUUAGAGUGCCGCGGCAAUACCGAGGGUUGGAAGUGCGAAAGAUGCAAGGAGACGCAUUUUGGAAAUCCUCUGGAACAAAAUUGCAUGCCAUGCAAUUGCUCUCCCCUCGGCAGCAAUUCGACUCAGUGCGAGCAGACGACCGGUCAGUGUCCCUGCGGACCUUUGUUCACCGGUCGUGACUGUUCCUCCUGCAUCGAAGGUUACGGGAACGUGACCGCAGGUUGUCGGGAAUGCGACUGCGACGUGGGUGCCGUCGACGGGCUCUGCGAUUCUGUAAGCGGCGUGUGCAGGUGCGCGCCGGGCGUCGUCGGCUUCCGGUGCGAUCGCUGCGACGUGGACCACUACGGCUUGUCGGCGGACGGUGGCUGCAAAGGUAAGUGCCGCCAUCGGUAUGCGCAUGCUUUUUCUGGAUUCUACUAUCUGGCCCUGACUCUUUUGCGAUACAAAGUAAGCCCGCCGUGUUUUAUCAUCGCAUUGCUACGGGAAGACGUUCACCUCCGAGGAACUUGUUUCUCUCGUCCGAAAGGGAAGAAAAUUCGAUUAAAAUAACAAGUAAUACACGGUUUUAAAAUUAAAAUAUUGCACGCAAAUUGUUUAAGAAUAAUUAUUACAGGAACUGAUCAUACAUUUUAGAUCGUUUACUUUAGAUCGUUAUUAGAA